AUGUAUGUAAGAACAACAACAACAAUAAUAAUAACAAAAAACAUUUUUGUUAAAGUUUUCUUGAUUAUUUUCAUAUUAUCUUUAUCUGUAUUCAUCAAUGAGACUUCGGCAACAGCCGGAUAUUGUUAUCAAUGCAAUUCAAGAAAUCCAAAAUGUGGAAUUAAUGUUACUGCUGAAUUAAAACUUGAUGGAACACCAUGCAAUGGACAAUGCUAUACACGUCUCAAUCGUGAUGAUGAAUUUACUAUUUAUCGUGGUUGUUCAUGGGAACAUGGUUUUAUGACUGAACAGCGAAGAAAUCUCUUGAUAAUUCAAGGCAAUUCUGUUUGGGUAUUUUGUGAUACACCCUAUUGUAAUUUUGAAGCAACAAACUUAUUUACUACUGUUUGCUACCAACCAAUCUGCGAUUACCUCAAUUUCCCUGAAGAUUGCAAACUACCAAAUGCUGAUGUGACUUGUGGACGUAAUUGUAAUAAUAAAUUAUGUAAUUCGAUAGGAGUUCGUAAUCGUAAUCGAAAUCGUAAACGGCAUCCUAGUCAUGUGCGUAAUCGAACAAGUUUUGUAAUUAUAUCAGAUGAAAUCGGAAGCAAUGAAGCUACUGUUAUUGCUGACAGAACACGUGCUAAUGCUAAAGUUGAUGGCUUAGUUAGUCCUGGUGGUGCAGCUGAAGCUGGAGGAGAUGCUUUACCAAAAGGAAGAUGUGUCAUCUGGUGA